AUGUCUUCGGUCGCAUUCGCCCACUUCUGGCGCACCGAUCUCAUCCGCGAAUGUCUUUUGUCCUACGUCUCCAAGGAUGAUCUUCAAACUUUACGACUGGUGUGCAAAAGCCUCGCUCACGACAUUGUGCCCACCUUGUUCAAAAACCUAAAAAUCCAUUUUACGGCCAAUGUUUUCUCUCGCAGGGCUCGAAUGUCAGCCCUGGAACGAAUCGGACCAGAUGUGCAAGGUCUGUCAUUCGUCAUGCCUCAUCAUUCAGACACCUUCCUCCCUCCGCUCCUCCUGCCAGGCACUCUGGAUGAAGUCACAUUUAUCUACGAGCCACGUCUGAAUACGUCAAGGCCGAGCUCUUCUUCCAGCUCCUCGACAUCCUCCUCCACUUCUAAAUAUGGCUCCUGGGAAAUGAACGAUCUGUUGGUGAAACAGUAUCCGCCUCUUUUCCAUGCUGCCACCAACGUCGAGGCCUUCUUUCGAGCCUUCAGCGCCGUGCCUCACCUGCGGCGUCUCCACGUCUCCUGCCCAGGUCAACCGGCGGGGCAGAGGUACCGAAAAGACAUUGUCGACUAUGCGUUGAUCUCGUUGAGAAUGGCGGUUGAGACCGCCAACCUCAGUCAGUUGGAAUCGCUGACUCUUGCUCCAAUCCAUCCCGCCGCAAUUUUCUACCUUCGCCCUCAUCUCAGCAUUGGCUGCUCACCAGCGUCGUCUCGCGUCUGGAGACGCAUCAAGACGUUGGAGAUUAAAAUGGACAGCUUUGAAUAUGGCCGCGACCAGCCGUCAGAUCAUCUCAAGAUCCUGCAUAGCUACCUCCAGGUGAUGCGAUCCUUGGAGCAUCUCCAAUUCCAAUGGCUGGGCAGCAAAGGGCCGUGUCCUCUUGCUCUUCACGUCGAGCCUUGCACAUCGCGACCAACGUCACUGGAUUGUUCAAACGCAUGUCCCGAUGCGAGCGCCAAAUCCUCUUUCAGACCUCUCAAAUUCCGGAAUUUAAAAUCAAUGCAUCUGAGAAAUGCUAGCCUCGAUGCCAGUCAAGCAUCUGGGUUCAUCAUGUCGCACCGCAAAGUUCUGCAUGAAUUUUCCUUUGACCAAUGUCAUCUGAGAUCGGGAACUUGGGACGAUGCCCUGGCCCCUUUGACCAAGAUCGUCGGCAGCGACACUGGGAAACAAAAACAAGAGGAAGUCAUGGAUAUUCCAAUCAUGCUAAGCCCCGUCGAUGAGAAGAGCCAAAUGGAUUGCGUCGAAGAGCCACUAUGGGACGAUACCGUUCGCAAGACUCAGAGCAAGGGUCUCCAGACUCUCCGAAAAGUGAGCUUGAGGACAAAGGAGAUGGUGCCUCAACAGGUGAGGCGACUUUUGAGAAAUGCAAGAGUUACCUGGCGUUGA